CUGGACCUUAAUUUACUUUAUACAAUAUUUCCCAGACAGUUCUGAAAACCUUCGUAGCGGAAGGCCCUUGGCCGCUUCAGAAACCGACGAAGGCGGGCGGACUUUGUUCGCGCUUAGUAGUCAAACAGGCGCUGCAGUCCUGCUCGUAUUACAGUAUUACAUCAAACCUUGAUGCUGAGUUACUCAGGGUAGACGCGAGGACGCUGACUAGUGCUGAGCUUGCGGCCUGUGGCUUUUUACGGAGCGGAGCCAUGCUACGAGGAGCUGUGCAGACAUGUGUGCUUGUUCUGGUGCUGGUGCUAGUUUGCGUGUCGGCGCUCGGCGAGGUCGAGUGGCGAGGUGACCAGGAGGAGCACACGCACCAACACAGGCACCUGCUGCAGAAGAAGGUGAAGGCCAAGAAGCCACCGAGUCCGCCACCCUCGCCCCCCGCAACAGGCGGAGGCGGCAAGGCGGUCCGCAACAAGAAGUCACCACCUCCCGCGCCGUCGCCUAGGCAAGUUAGCGCGCCCCCUUCGCCGCUGCCGCCGUCACCUGCGCCGCCCUCACCACGGCCGGGCGCAUUGCCAACCGUGGUUGAUGGAGCGACAGAGGCCGCUAGCUCCCCGCCUAGCCCUAGCCCUCCUAGCCCGCCGCCGCCCUCUCCUCCGCCCCCCUCUCCUCCCCCUCCUCCGCCCCCCUCUCCUCCCCCUCCUGUGCCGCCGCCGCCCUCGCCCCCUCCUCCGUCCCCGCCUCCACCCAGCCCUCCCCCGCCCAGCCCCCCGCCUGACGUAGUGCCUUCGCCGUCGCCCCCUCCCCCUCCGCCUCCCUCGCCUCCGCCCCCGGACUCGCCUCCCCCUAGCCCUCCUCCUCCCUCGCCUCCGCCGCCCGACUCGCCCCCUCCCUCGCCACCCCCACCCGUCGACUCUCCUCCCCCCUCGCCGCCGCCCCCCUCCCCCCCUCCUCCCAGCCCUUCCCCUCCAUCGCCUGGCCCUCCCGCCCCUGUUCCCACGGGUGGCAGCGGCGUCACUCUGGACGGCUCCGGCUGCCCCGACGCCCAGGCCGCGCUCGACCUCCACAACUCCUACCGCGCUGCACACGGCGGGGUGCCGGCGCUGCAGUGGGACGCGGCUCUGGCGGCGGACGCGCAGGCCUACGCCGAGGUGCUCGCAGGCUUGGGCUGCACGCUCAUCCACGCCACGCAGCCGCCCGGCUUCUCGGCGACCCGCUUCGGUGAGAACCUGUACAUGUCGGCUGGCUACCCGCGCACACCGCUGACGUGUGCGCCCGGCAUUACUUCCUGGUACAACGAGGUGUCGUACUACAAGUUCACCAGCACGCCCUACACAGACUCUUACUCCACUGGCCGCGUGGUCGGACACUUCACGCAGAUUGUGUGGAGGGCGACGUCGCGGCUGGGCUGCGGCAUGGCGUCUGCCAGCUACUCAUUCCCCGGCUUCCCCGCGCCGGGGCAGUGCAAGGUGGUGGUGUGCCGCUACCGCCAGGCAGGCAAUGUCGUGGGAGACUCCAACUACUUCCAAAACGUGUUGCCCAAGGCUUAGAUAGGCAGUGCAGGGUCGCGGCAGCAUCGACACAUUUUUGUGAUUUGCAUUCUUUCAACGGCGACCGCUUCAUACAUCAGCAGACCAAUCGAAAGGACCAUCAGACCUACCUGCCCGCCCCGAGCAGUGCAGUGCGAGAUCCAGAAGUGCCAUUCAUCCAGCCUCUGGCCGCCGCCAUGGCGGGCUGCAGGCCUGGCUGCCACUGCUGGGGCGACAACGUGCAUUAUUAUUCAGAUCAUAAGUUGCAAUUGUUGAUGGCCAUUUUGCUUGCUUGCUUGCAUGGCAUAGCCCGGGGGUCCGUUAGCAGGGAACCCAAGCGCUCUUGAGCGCACGCGUAGCAGCUGAAAGUGCGGCAGGGUCGCGUGCGACAUGAAGUGAUGGACUACGUGCUCGGAGAAGAGAAUGGGGAGGACGUACAGAAGCAACCGCACGUAUCGUACACAUGCUGGCGGGAACCGCCGCCCCACUCGCUACCUUGCAGUGCACGCUUACUAGAAGUGGCCCAGCAGGAGUUUGUAGUGGAGCCCGGCGGGCAGACUGUCUUAACUUUUCGGGUGCAGCAGGAGGCGCAUAGCUUAAAGCAUAAAUGCAUGAGUCGGCAGCUUACGAACGUUCAUGGCGUUCGUCCGAGUGGGUUUUAUGUCGGGACAUGCUGUGGGUAUGUGGACGUAUGGUUAGGAAUGGGCGCAGGUGGUUAGGUAGCAUGGGUGCAGUGGAUGCAAAGCGACGCACCUGCUGCACACAUGCAGAAUUGCAGAUUCAAGCUGCUUAUUUAUACUGUGGAUGGGAAGGGUACAGGUUGGUAGUCAAUGAGAGAGUGUACAUACAUACGUGCAGUGCCUUAGGAAUGGGGAUGGUACAUAAUUAGUACAGUGUCCCGUGCUGAGGCGGGAUGCCUGCGUGGGCGUGUGCGGGACACGUGCGGUAGGGCGCAACCACGAUUGCUGGAUGGGUGGAUACGAUGUGCAAUAAAGCAAGGCGCGCGCGUCUGUGUGCUUGUGUGCCGCAGGGUGCUUGGUGGCGGGGAAAGCAUUCACGGCGGCUGGAGAAUGAGAUCCCCUGCCUGUGUUCAAGGGCACAAGGAGAAAUAAGCGCAAAGACUCCACGGUGUGUGCGUACGUUAAACGCGAGCAAGUGCGGUAGCAGGAUGGUUUUAUGUAGUUUCCGAGGUUGGCGGGACGUGGUGCAUGCCAACGCUGCUUACGUGUGUGUACCGUAUGCAUGUGUGGAGACUGAAGAGCAAGGCGUUCGUUGUUGCUUAGCUUCGGUUGAAAACGUGGUAAUGAUGGCGAGAUAGAGCCUUGCAUGGGCCCAAUCGGUCCGACAGCUGGUCGGACUGCGGGGUUGGGUUGUAAGGAGACCUGCGGCCUAGCUGUCUAUACUACACGUUGUGCUGCAUUCCGUGAUUUCCGUCCUGGAACUCCCACGGCGGCCCCCAGCAGCAUGCAGGCAACUGAUGGUUUCCGCUCGAGCGCAGCGAGUUGUCGGAAACCAAGGUUUCCUGCGCUCGGAGUGUGCACAGUUGUGGGCCCCGAAGGGGCGUGGCGUGUGUGUGUUUGUUGUUUGGGGCCCAUGCGCGGCAUGGGCGGUGGGCCCGGUUAAGUAGCAGAGCGCUGUGUCGCGCUCGCUACUUUGCGAGUUUCGUUCUGUCAGUACUGACGCCGUCGUCCCUGGCUACGCUCUAUCUUUGCGUGGCUACACGGCGGUUCGGGCUCGCCCUCCCAACCCCGCACGAAGACCUCAGUUCUCUGCUUGCAGGUACCCUCUCCGGCGGCGGAGCCGCCCUCACAAAUUGUAACACGACGCAAUGCAUGGAAACUGUACUGUCUCAGCAUGCCCCUGGCCGCAUGCCCGCAGCCAUACAUCGGUCAUGCAUGCAUCGCCCGUGCCGACCACCCGCAUGGCACUGGAGGGCAGGCCCCACGGGCCCUUGCUUCAUGGCUUCUGCCUCCAGCGGCCGACAGCGUGAGGUGGAUGGGAACGGGCCACGCAGAGUGCGUGAACGAUCAUGUACGGUACCCAAGGUGCGCGUAUCUGCCCGGCUACCUAAUAAUAUGUCAUCAUUAACUGGUGGAUGGAUGGCACAGCGGCGAUUGAUGCUGAUUGAUGGUGGCACCUUGACAGGCGUAGGGCCACAGGGGCAAAGGGAACGGUUCCCAAUACCGGUAU